CAUUGGCCGACAUGGCCUUCCCCAGCGGUAGUCGCUGCCUUUUAUCCCUGCGCGAUUGGCCGUCGACACAGCCUGCAUGCACACCAUUGGGGUUGGUGGCGCAGUCAGUAUGCACAGCGGUGUGUUGUGUAGCCAUGGGCCCGGCCAGGGAAUGAGGCUGCACAAUUGAGACGAGCGCUCAUCCGAAUAUCAUUAAAGGCCAGCCUGAUUGCGAGCUUCCCAUCGACCUCUUCUUGAUGGCACAUUUGGCCAUUCUCUAGCAACAGGUCACUCCAUCGGCAGGCGACAUUGGGCAUCUUUUGAGGACCAUGGACAGUUGCAAAUCUUCAGAACCUGACUUGGUUGAUAUGCCAGCCCCUGACUUUGUUGACGAGGUCUUCCAUGUGGUUACUGGAGGACUUCGAGAUGCAGCGACAUCUUCGACACGAGUGAGCUUUACCCCCUUCAUACCGGUACAUUUUGAGGUACCUGGUACUAUUCCUUCGGGCGAUUCUGGAUAUUACAGCUGUAAGGACUACCUUGAACCAUCACAUCUCCUCCUCGACGAUGCAAAGACACCCUUAGACGAGAUUCAAGAGACAGUCCAUUCAGGCGGCGAAGGUCUCAAGGCGCCUCCAUCUUCUCGGCGUCCUCGAAGGAUAUCCACCGCUUGCGAUGCCUGCAAGCGGAGGAGAACCAAGUGCAGCGAGGGUAACCCUUGCGAGGCGUGUGCGACGAGAAAAAGUCUGUGCGUUUACGGUGCAACUUCUGGCCAGCGACGGAAAAUUUCGAGCCAUCGAACUCCAUGGCAGUCAGUUUUCCCUCAGCUUAACGAGCCCAAUGACCCGAGAAUCCAACGCAAUUAUGUAUGUCCUGUCCAGAGCUGUCAACGCACAUUCAGUCUCGAGACCGAUUAUGACAACCAUAUCAAGUCAAAACACGCCAACUAUACAUUCCAUGUCGAUAAAGAGCAACUGCUUCCACAACUCAUCGGUUCCGAACCUCUCAGUCUCGAGCCUCUCAGUCUUGAGUCUCUUAAUCCCGAGCCCAGUCAGGAGCCACCGGCCCAUAGUAAUUUGGGCAAAGGAAGAUCUAGGGCUGAAGAGCACUUCCCAAAGGCACCUGUUGACGAGUGGCUUGAAAAGGUCCAGAGCAAUGAUGAAGAUGCAGCCUUCUUGUGUCAAGGACAUUGGGCAACGGCCGAUUCACAACAGUCUAUCGUUCGCAUCCCAACCCCGCAGCCCUUGUCCCUCCAUCUGUCGUAUUCGAACUCAUCGAAUUCGCCUUGGUUUGAAUCGGAUGGAGAAGCAUCUUUUGUGGCCGGCGACAAUUCUCUUGUUUUGGCGACAUCCAUUGAUUCGCCGAGCUCAGCAAUGUCCCUAGCUGUACUUGCUAUUGUCCUCGUUACAUUGUACCUUGGGCAGGCAGAUACGCCGAGAGAUGGCGUUGAGAAUUCCUCGCAGACAAGCUCCACCCCAAGCACGUCUAGCCAAGCAAAUGGGACCGCACCUUCCACCUCGCUCACAACGCCUCUGUCAACUCAGAACUCUCAGCGCAAGAGACUGCCCCCGGAUGACGAAGGGGAAGGAUCGAGGCGCAGCAAAAUCCCAAGGACAUCCGAGGCAUCGCCGAAUUGCACAGUCUCGAAACUCCUGGCCUGCCCAUACUCAAAAUUCGAUCCUUCUCGGUAUUCUGAGCGCAAUGGGCUCGAACAGAACUAUCGAGGAUGUUCAAGUUGUUUUCUGAGAGACAUUGCUCGUCUGAAGCAGCAUUUGUAUCGCGUACAUCGCCGGCCCGAACAUCACUGUCCGACCUGCUUCUCAUCCUUUGACUCAAAAGGCGUCUUGGAUGCCCACAUUGUGGAGAGGUCCUGUCAACCACAGGUCUCUCCCUUCGAAGAGAAGAUGACUCAAGAUCAACUUACGGCAAUUAAAAGGCGUGAAAUGGGUCGGAAUCGCUCCGAUGCAUGGUUUGACAUCUACAAGAUCCUGUUCCCGAACUCCGCAUUGCCCUUGGAUCCGUACGCUGACAGCACGCAUGCGGAUACAGUGCAAGACUUUAUUGCCUUUUUUGAGCGUGAAGGGCGAGAAGUACUAGCAUCAGAGAUCAACCAAAGGAUGUUCGGUGCCGUGGCGUGGUGGCCACGGCAACAGGAGUUCGUUGAGGAGGUUCUCGCGGAGUCGAUCAAUGUGCUGCUUCAGCGCCUUCAUUCGCGCUUCAGACAACCCUCGUCAACCGAUUCUUCAUACCCGUUCACUUCAAACACUGAUAUCAACCCCAACAACCCCUUUGCUUGUUAAGCCUAACUCCCGACCUUCACUAUAUUGCGCCAUCCCAUUCAGCUGGGUUGCUUAGUGACCCCAAUCAGGCAAGGACGAUGUCCAUUUUCAUCUCCCUUAAGACAUCCUGCCACUGUAUAUCAGAGUCCGCCUUACCCCCGUCACGCACCAAGUCCCGUCUCCGCCACAGUUCGCUUGCGAUGUCCUUCGAGAUCUCCAGGUUCAUGAACCCAUGCCUCCUCUUCAGCCUGUACCAGUUGAGCAUCCUCUCCUGCAUCUCCUCAGUUAGGCAUUCACAUGCCACAAUGAACGGCGGCCACACUAAUGUACAACCUAUACUGUCGCCUCCCAGACUUUCGAUAUCUUCAAGGUGUGUGACGGCUUUCGAGACCAUAUUCUGGACGCAGGUGGUUCGGGGGGAGAAGCCCCGAACGGUGCGGAGGAAAUAGAUCAGUGAGGCAUAGUAGAAGACGUAGGCGUGGUGCAGGGUUAGGGAUUGAGCCAUGGGUGGCAAGCCCGACAGGUCGAGGUUCGAUGGAGUUUGGGCGUAGAGUUGGGUUUCUAGAUCAUCCAGCAUUUCGGCAGUCGGCGGGUCGGAAGCUGUGGUAGAGAUACGCUUGAUCAGGCUGUUCAUCACGACGAUAUGUUUGAGGAUCGGACGGGUAAGGCCAAAAAAUCGAUCGAGCACGUAGUUUCUCUCGUCGCCCAAGAAAUUGUCAGAUUCGACGUCGAUGGUCGAGGGGAGGUGGAUAUUGCACAGCGCCGCAAUAGCGAGAUAACUUUGGUAGACCAUCGAGGAGGAUUUGUCGCGCUCCCACUCGCUCUCUUCUAUGGUGGACAGCCACGAGGCCCCGC